AUGGCCGAGAUUGAGCAGUGGUUCCAGGCGAUCCCACCCGUUACGCGGGCAUGGUUCGUCGCCUCUGCCGCGACCAGCGUCCUCGUUGUCAUCGCGCCGCUGCAGCUGUACUUCUCCUGGAAGGCGGCCGUGAUCAAGGCUCAACCAUGGCGCAUACUCACAACAUUCUGCUACUUUGGGCCGAUAUCCUUCGACUUGGCCUUUCACAUAUUCUUCGUGUACUCGCGCUUACUUGAGGAGCACUCGUUCAUGAACCGCCGCGCCGACUAUGUGUGGUUGCUCAUGCUGACUGCGGGAUUCCUCCUCGCCAUCUCACCCCUCGUCACUAUGCCCUUCCUCUCGACGCCGCUCAGCUUUGCGCUCGUAUACAUCUGGGCUAGGCGGAAUCCGUCCAUCAAGAUGUCUCUCUUCGGCGUGGUGACUAUUCCCGCUCCGUACCUCCCCUUCUGCCUUGCGGCCUUCUCCUGGCUCCUCCAGAACGGGUUCCAGGGAGCACUUGGCGAUCUCCUCCUCGACGUCCUCCCACACGAACCGGUCGAUACGGUGCCGCACCCUUCCCUCGGACUUGCCCGGUCCAGGCUCGACCCAACGUAUCCGCUCCCACGGCCAGACGAUGGCCUCAACCUUUCCCGUGAUAAGCGCUACCGGAAUCUGCCGUUAGUUUUGCGGCUACUCCAGCCAACUCACGGGUCCGUAGGUGUUCGAAUCUAUCGUGCGGUGUACGCUGUCGCCCUCGACCCAGCAAUGGCCCUCCGGGAUGAGGAUGCUCGUAGCUUUUGA